AGCAAAGAAACGAAAAAGAUGACUGGAAAACGGGAAAUGGUCGGUUUACUGAUACUUUCACCUCUGUUCCACUUAUCAGUAAUGGUUAGUAUCAAAAUAUGUCUUGGGUCACUAUCCACGAUGAAAUACACUUCAUCAUGUCCUAAAAAUGAAGCAGAAUGGAGAUCUCGAGCUACAGAAUUUGGCUGCCAAAAUGUUCUUCAAAAUUGUACAUCUAAAGAAAAAUUCAAGUACCAUUGCGUAUUAAAUGUUUGGGGCAAUGCCACGACUGAAAUGUGUGCUGAGGAAAUAAUUAUUGUCGGUCGAAAGUGUGCAGAAUUUUCGCAUGGAGGUGGUUUUCUACAAGAACAUUAUGAACACGACUGUAACGAAUGCCCGUAUCACCUCAAUUCCAGUCAAAGUUUUCUUUAUCAAGAAUGUUUCAAAUUUAACAACCUGAUUAAAGACACGAAUGCGACUGCAGUGAGUAAGAAGUUUAAUGGGUCUACCUCACCAGAUUCAUCUUUUGUUCAGGUUGCUGUGUGUGUGAUUGUUGUCAUUGUUCUAGUGUCUGCAGUAAUCUUGUCAAUAAUAUUUUGGCGGAAAAAGAAAUUUCAUUGCCCAAAAAAAUUUUUCACUUCUGUGAGUAGAGACACUAAAAAGAAUAUUUUAAAAAUCAGAGAGUCACCUAAAAAACUAAUGAUCCAGACAAGAGAACUCAUAAAUGAAGUCAUUCCAUCACACAAGCGUGAUUUGAUGAAAGACUUCAAAGAUCUGCCAUUGGCUUAGACCUCAGGCGGGAAAUUCCUUGGUUGAAGAUUACAAAAUGUUUAUUCCGGCGUAUUCAUGUGUGAUUAACUUUUUCACUACUCAAUACGUUUAUGUGUAGAAGACACUAACGAAUCAGAAAGAUUGAGACUAAGAAUUUAGGGUAAUAAUCAUUACAAGAAAUUUCAUACACAAGUGUACAUUCAUUACUAAUCCCUCCACACGAUUAUAUUCCAUUGGCGUCGGAAGGAAAUUGAAAGUGGGGGGGGGGGGGGGGAGCUAA